GAACAAAUGGUGACAGAAUUUUCUUUUUUGGGUGAACUAUCCCUAGCCUGUGAAUAGCCGAUGUGCUUUUACUUAUAUUUGCAAUAGAUUUGUCACUGUGCCAUUUACAGUACUUUAUGUGCUCUCUGUGAUAUACAUUAGUGUGUUUUACAUGCAAGAUUUAUUCUUGAUGUCAACAGGAAGUUUCAUCUGUAAUUCUGUAAUCUAGUAACAAAUUUCUUUUCCUGUUAAUACGGUUGUAUCUCAUAUAACUUUGUGCAGCUUAUAUCUAAAUUGCAAUCUUUGUGGUAUUUGGUGAAGUUCCGUGACUUAUUUAGUGCAAUGUGUCUGCAUUCUUAUAAUCAUAUUUUCAAAUGUUAUGAAACGAUCCGCUUCAUAGUCUUUGUAAAACAGCUGAUGUAGGCACACUUGUGUUCUCUGAUGUGCCAAUACAUUGCCACAGUUAGGCUAACUAACUAUAUGACCUGGUGUAUUAAUAUUAAUGAACAUGGUUAUUUUAGCGUUUCAUAACAAAUUAGUGCAGGGGCUAAAAAAGUAUUAUCUUGGAGAUAAUCCCACUGUCUUUAUUAUCUCAGUAGAUUUUUGACCUUGACCUUAACAUCCUUAAAUUAGUCAUUUCCCCAGCCAUAGCUUCGUAUUCCAAAGGGAAUAAUGCAAAGCUAACAUCACAUUCCGAACCACCAGCAGAGCGUAUUUGACCUGAUGGAUGUAGGAGAGUCUCGCUAAGCCUCCAGAUGUCACCCGGUCCUCCAUCUCCUUAGUUAGGAGGCGAACCGGCAUGCUGAGUGAAGCUACAGCUCAUGUAACAAAGCGAGAAACUGCAUCCCCAGAGCAUCGCGGGGCAAAUAUUUGUCUAGCUUUGACACAGUGUACAAUCAUAUGCCCUGAGCCUGACACUUCAUGAUUGGUAGCCUUUCCCCCAUGGUUCGCCCCCUCCUCCGCAGGACACGCACCAGCACCCCAGCGGGAAGGCCAGCCAGCCGAGCAUCAUCAAGGAACACGAAGACCGCCGGUUUAGUGAUGCCUAUCUUUUCAACACUUUAACAUGGAGGGCAAGUGAGAGAUGAGCUGCGAUCGAGGAGAACAUCAUCUGCGGAGAUGGAGGAAUUGGAGGUCCUGCAGACAUUGCCUAAGUUCUGCUUCCCGUUUGACGUGGAGAGAGUGUCCCAGACUCAGGUGGGCCAGAACUUCACAUUUGUGCUCACAGACAUUGAGAGCAAGCAGAGGUUUGGAUUCUGUCGAUUAACAUCCGGCUGCAGGGUCUGCAUCUGUUUGCUCAGCUAUCUCCCAUGGUUUGAGAUCUUCUAUAAGCUGCUAAAUACUCUUGCAGACUACUUGUUGAAACACCAGGAAGAUGACUUGAACGACAUGUUGGAAACGCUGCACAACCACCCCGUGCCAAAGCCGAAUACGCCAGUAAAUCUGAGUGUGCAUUCAUGCUUCAUAGCUCCUGAUGUUUAUGGACUCCCCACCAUACCUGAAAAUAGAAAUUUAACAGAAUACUUUGUAGCGGUGGAUGUGAACAACAUGUUGCACCUCUUCGCCAGCAUGCUACAUGAGCGACGAAUCAUCAUUACCUCAAGCAAGCUUAGCACUUUAACUGCAUGCGUGCAUGGAUCCACCGCCAUGCUCUACCCCAUGCACUGGCAGCACAUCUUCAUCCCUGUUCUUCCUCCUCAUCUGUUAGACUACUGCUGCGCACCCAUGCCAUAUCUGAUCGGAGUUCAUCUCAGCCUUUUAGAGAGAGUGACGAGCAGGUCUCUGGAGGACGUGGUCAUUUUGAAUGUGGACACAAACACCCUAGAAAGCCCUACGGACGACUUGCACAACCUGCCCAGUGACGUGCUCUCCAGUCUGAAGAGUAAACUGAAAAAGCAGUCGACUGCUACCGGCAGCGGUGUGGCUCGGGCCUUCCUGCAUGCACUGGCUGCUCUGUUCGGCUCGUACCGGGACGCCCUGAGAUACAAGCCUGGAGAGCCAAUCACCUUCUGCGAGAAGAGCUUCGUGGCGCACCGCUCCAGCACCAUGAGAAGUUUCCUUGAGAUGGCCGUGAACUUGCAGCUCUUCAAACAGUUCAUUGAAGGCAGACUGGCCAAAUUAAACGCAGGAAGGGGCUUUACAGACGUCUAUGAAGAGGAGAUCACAGAGGGGGGCUUCUGUAGAAGUAAUUCAAGAUCUUAUCAACAGUGGAUUCACACCAAGAUGAGGCAGAGGGCGAAACCAGUGGUAAAAAACCUUCAGAUGGCCAAAGAUCACGCGAAACGGAAAAUACGUGACAUGAAGGACAAGAUCACCCAAAAGGACGCUGAAGAAGAGGAAAGCCCAUACCGUCCUGGUUCUCCCACCAGCACUAAAAGCCUGUCACCCAGGAGGCUUCAGAAGAAAGCGCAUCACUAUCUACAAUCAUCUCCGCACAUGAGCCUCAGCUAUACAGAAAAUUACGACAACAAUGACGACACAGCCAGCAGGAUAUCAUCCGAGGACAGCGGCGGGGUGCCGUCGUACAACGAAGACAGCGAGGAUUCUGAAUUUGAGCCCGACGUGGGCCAGAAGGGGCAGAUGAACCUGCUGGAGGAGAUUUUGGAUUCUCUCAGCACGUCCCACAUAGAGCAGGGUCGGCUCUCCGCAGCCAAGAGCCUGGACUUCUUCAGGUCCGUCGAAGACCUUGACUACAGUCUUACGAAAAACUGCAAAUCCCAUUCAGGAAGCAGUUCUGCUCAGGUCGGUUGCGAAGUCGGAAACGGCGAACAAGGUGAGUGGAACAUGGGUCAGGAUGACAGCGCUGUGUACGGUAAACAUCUCCCACCUUUUCCCCGACGCCAAGCCAGCUCACGUUCCCUUCCCAUCCAUCCUCCCCUUCAGAACAACCUACCCGCCGAAGAGUCCUCUGACCACCCUCUGAGGAACUCUCUCCCGGACGUACCCACAAUUGAACUCUCUAAACCUUCCGAGACAAACACCACUUGCUCUCAUACUCUCACCGAGUCCACAUGUAACACCCAACUCACCUCCGACCGCCAGCGUCCGGCAGCUCGCAGCCUCUCACGGCAGAAGGUAUUCUCUAGAAAGAGACCUCAACAGGACCUGCAGCGGACAGCGGGACCCAGCGGCGGGCAGCCUUCCGCUCUCGUACCAUGGGAGAUGGAAAAAGAGCAGAUCGCUGGAGAGGUCAAACAGGAGGAGGAGAUUGAGGAAAAAGGCUUGCUGGAGGAAAUCGAAUCGAUGUGUCGGCUCAGCAUGGCCAUUACAAGUAACCUGGAGUUCACACGGGUUCAGAAAAACACCAGCUCAGACAAGUCCUGAAAAUAUCACCAAACGCUCGCACGUGACCUUUCUCGGUUCUUAUUGGCGCUCUUGUACAACUUCACAACAGAACCGGGUUUGCAUGAAGUAUGAGGUUCAUUUCAAGUGUUUUUGUAGUCUGUGUGAAUAGAUGAUACUCUUAUUUUCACAUCUUUCAAAACUAACGUAUGGAAAGAAAAUCUGAAGGUUCAAAGGGAUCACGACAUUUGUCGUACAGUAGUCAUAUUUAUUGUAGCUGUAUUUCAAUUUCAAAUACAACGCCAAUGAUUUGCACUUGAACAUGGAGAGUUACGAAUCAGAUCUAUUUAGAUAUCACUGUGGAUGAGGGGCAGACGUCCACUGUAUAUUUUACUAAAUCGUACGGAAGUAUUUAAAUAGAGAACUCAUUUCAGCUAAUAUAUGAUGCCUUAAACCAGUUUUAUUUCAUUUUCUUCUCCACAGUGUUUUUCAGACCGUGACAGUAGCCGGCUAGCUUGCUACUAUCACUACUCGCGUGCAAUGCAUCUUAAAAGAGAGAUUUAUGCAGGACAGAUGGAGAACUGGUUCUUCAUUUGCAUUGUGGGUAAUGAGUAUAUUUUUGAAAUGCUAUUUUUCCAAAAUCCUCAGGUUCGAGAUCGAAAUGUAUUUAGUUUUAGCUUCACUAGGCCCUAGAUGCAAAUGUAAUGAUACUUGAUGAAAUCCCAUUUACUAACACGGUUAAGUCUAAUAGCCUUAAAAUCGACAGCCAAAGUGUAUUAAAGUUCCUGAAGUGUUUAUGUUCGAACCUUGACAUUUCUUGGGCUGCCCAGUGGAAAACCUGUUACUAAUAAAAGAUUUUAAAAUCCUUCUACAGUUUAGUACCAACUUUAAUCUGUGGCCUAAACUUUAAGUACAUGAAUGCCAGAGCUUAUAAACUAUGCAACUGCGUUGUCGCAUUGUGUCCGUUUGUGCACAGGGAAACAUUUUGAAGUUCAAACAACUGUGUGCUAACAGUGAAAUGGCAUUUUAUGGUUUUCUGUACUUGCAUUGAGUAUAUUGAAUUCGUCAAGCAUGCUAAGAUCAAAUUUGAGCAUCACUUUUAAUGCCGCAUUGGUGCACCGAACAGGAGUGGUUAUAAGAUUCAGUGCUUGUUUCCUUAGUGGCCGGUGAAGUGUUUAGACUCUUGAGUGAUGUAGCACACAAGCUAUUUAUUCGUUCACCUGUCCACACUGCUGUGGUAACUGUGUGGUUUUUAAAGUGUCCUAUAGCUCAAAUCUGCAUCUCAGUUUCAGUCAAUUUUGUAACAUCUAUUUGGCUUCGUUCCUGUGUGUUAAUGAUAACAGUGUAGCUCCAGGUUGAUCUGAAACUAUACUUGCUUUAGCAUAUGAACCAAUCGAGAUCAUGUGACUAUGCAAAUUCCCACCUUUUUAGCAACAUUGGCAUUAGUAUUAAUAGUGUGUAAUACUUCACUUGAAACAUAAAUGCUGUUCAUACUGUAACUUACACACUUACACUGCAAAGGACAAACUAGGAGAUGGAAAUUCUCAGCGAUAUUGUUUAUACUGCAGAUUUGCCUAUAAUAAUUUGUAUUUUGGCACGAAUAGUCUUUAAUGUCCUCAAGGACAUGUAAUGAUGGUACGAUAUUUCUCCCUAAAUUACUGACUAAUAUGUAGCAACCUGUAGCAAUUUAUGAAAUAAUUAUAUUUUUAGCCCCGCCCCAUAUUUAAAUGCACUGUUGUGCCUUAUUGAUUUCAUCAGCUAUAGUUGGUGUGACUUUAGCUCUGUUGCAAACGUUUGGUUUUAGUUUUGUGUUUUGUUUUGAAUUGUGGUUCAGUGGUACUCUAGUGACAUUUAUAAAAGAUUUUGGGAUAAAUUGUCCGAUUGUAAAGCCAUGAUAUUGUAAUUCACAUUAAGCUCUAAAAAUGGCCCAGAAAUAUAAAAGUGAACACUGAAGCCUCAUAUACUUGGAAUAAAAUGUGCUUUUCUUGUCUGUUAACUUGUUUUUAGGUACAUGGUUGCUGCAAGGACCAUCAGCCUGCAGCAACCAGACACUAAAUCUGAUUUCAUGUUAUUUUUCAUAAACAAUCUGCAGUUUCAUUGCAUAUUAAUACAGUUGCAUUAGAUAUUUUUGGUCAAUUACCAAGUGUCUUUUAGUUACUCAUAGACAUUUUAAAAUGAAUUUUAUUAAGGAUUCUGUUGCAUUAUUUGAAAUCUGGUCACAUUUCACACUGCAGCACUGAAGGCGUUAUAUUAAAGAUGAACCACGCCAGCUGUUUCAGUUUAACUGAACACUACUUGAAACAAAUGUAGUAGCCACAAAAAAGGAGUGUUUUGUACACUGUUGAACUGCUGUAAAGUGCUACCCCAAAUCUUUCUUUAUCCUGUUUACAUAUGAACUGGUUCUUGAUGUGCAUUUCUGUUGUAAAGUUCUGUAUUCUUUUUUUUUGUAUUAAGAAUUUUUUUAAAGAUGCAUGAGCACACCUCAUGAAGUCUAACAUGGUAUGGUAUAUAACUUUUAUGACCAUGGUACCAUUUUGUUUUGUAACUUUUUUCCUUAAGUUUGUCAAGUUUGAUCUGUUUUGCUGUGGCAUUUAGUAAAUUGUGCCGUGCUGUAAUCAAAUCACUGGAUCAUUUUACAACUGAUUUUGUUUGGUUUAAGGACGGACUUAACGUUCAUUAUUUUUCUGGAAUGCACAUACUAUAGAAACACAGUGCCAUGUUUCUUCUGUGGUGGUUGAUGGUUGAAGUGAAUGCUUCUGACUGACCAAACUUAAAUGGUAGAACUCUUCAUACACAGCCGCAUGCUUUCGGUACAGUUGUAUUAUACAGUUUUCAUGUGUCAAAUAGGUCCAAUGUGUUUUUACAGAACUGUUUGCACUGUGAACCGAAAAUAAAUGAUAUAAAUGUCUAUACAACUUUCACAA